AUGUUGUCCAAAACUUUGUUCGCCGCUCUUGCGCUCGUCGCAUCGGCUUCAGCUCAGACCUACACGGACUGCGAUCCCACCAAGAAGGAAUGCCCUGCCGCGCCUGCUCUGGGUAACAAGAAGAUCUCGUGCGACUACACCAAGAGCGACUGCUCCGACUUCACCAAGACCUACAACUUUGACUACUCUCUGAGCGCCGACAAGGGAGCCAAGUUCUCCAUCGAUACUCUGGGCCAGGCACCUACGAUCGCAAGCAACAAGUGGAUUUUCUUCGGUCGUAUCGAUGUUGUUUGCCAGGCCGCCCCUGGCGUCGGUGUUAUUACCUCGGUUGUCCUCCAGUCCGCAGACUUGGAUGAGGUCGAUUUGGAGUGGGUUGGAGGAGACGACUACCAUGUCCAGACCAACUACUUCGGAAAGGGUGAUACUUCCAGCUGGGACCGUGGUGGCAUCCACAAUGUCAACUCCCCCGUGAAGACUUUCCACAAGUACUCCAUCGACUGGACCUCUAAGAAGAUUGACUGGCUUGUCGACGACGUCGUGAUCCGCACUCUUAAGUACGCUGAUGCUAAGGAGGGCACUCGCUUCCCUCAGACUCCCAGUCAGAUCAAGAUCGGCACAUGGGUUGCUGGCUACGAGGGCAACAACCAGGGUACCAUUGACUGGGCUGGUGGCAUUGCUGAUUUCAAGAAGGCUCCCUUCGAUGCCUACUACAAGUCGGUCACUGUGACGGAUUAUGCCGGAGGCGACAGCGCUCCCUCUGAGAGCAUCAAGGAGUACCAGUACACCGACAAGUCUGGCUCGUACCAGAGCAUCAAGGUCGUCAAGGGCGAAUCUGACACCUCCUCGUCUGCCUCGUCCUCUUCCGUCUCCAAGACCUCCGCUGCCUCUACUUCUUCCGCUUCCAAGACCUCGUCGUCUGCCGUUUCAACUACCGCCGGCGCUUCGUCUUCCUCUGCUGCCUCCUCCUCCGCCGUCUCUUCCGGCUCCUCCGCCGCUUCCUCCGCUGCUUCUUCUUCCAGCAGCGAGACCAAGGCUUCAUCGUCCGGCUCAGGAUCAGCUUCCUCGACCAAGGGCGGUCACUCCAGCGUUGGACAGGCUACUUCCUCGGCCGCCACCACACCUGGCAACACCACCCCUGCUUCCUCCGCACCCACUACUCCUGGCUCAUCACCCACUGCUGGCUCAUCAACCACUGCUGGAUCUGUCACCGAGUCUGAGCAGCUGACUACGUCGACUGUCUACAGCACCGUCGUUCACACUGUUACCUCGUGCGCCCCCACCGUUACCAACUGCCCGGCCCGCUCGACCGUUCUUGUGACCGAGACUGUCCCCGUCUACACCACCGUCUGCCCUGUCACUGAGCUCCCUACCAAGUCUGACUCCAACGGCCCCAAGCCUACUGGAUCCAACGGCUCUGGCCCCAAGCCCACCGACUCUACUGGUUCCAAGCCUACCGGCACUGGCUCAGGCAACGUCCCUGCCAGCAGCGAUGUCCCAACCAGCACCCCCGCCCCCAACUGCGGACCUGGCUCCCCCAACUGCCACGUCCCUGGUGUCACCAUCCCCUGGCCUCCUGCUUCUCCUUCUGCCCCUGCCACGGCUACCGCUACCGGCUCGCCAUCUGGAGCUGUUUCCUCCAACUCUCCUAACCAGCCCAUCUACCCUACCGGUACCUUCAUCACCACCACCGCUGCUCCCUCCCACCCCGCCAAUGGCACAAGCAUCUCUUCGCCCGCCAUCCCCACGACGUCCAUCCCCACUGCCGGAGCUGCCCGCUUCGUUGGUGGUGCCGGUGUUGCCGCUGGAUUUGCCGCUCUCGCAGCCAUGCUCCUGUGA